CUUGUGCCCCCGAGACGGCAGGAGGAGGAAAGCCCACUCUAACGCUCAACAUCUCUCUUCCUAACGCACCCAGCCAUCGCCGGCCGGUCCUUGCCGCCAUUGCGUGCGCAGGUGAUUCUCGGAGCCUGAGCUGCCGGUCUGGUUCGUCUUCCUCGCGUAUCCUGCUACGGAGAACUUCUUUCCUUUCUUGAUUCAUUUUCAUUUCUUCUUCUUGUUACUUACCUGGCUGUGGUUGUAACUUGCCCAUUCAUGUUAUGAUGAACUGCUCGUGCUUGCCACCCCUAUAUCCCCUGGCGAUUGGCAAGUCUUGGGCGGCUUGUGUCAGGAACUAUUCCACCCCAAAUCCAUAAGUUUCGUUCAAGUCAAAAUCCUGCUUUUCUCUGUACUGUAACUCCCAACCAUUGUUCAUCUUUUGAGGAGGAACACAUGCGUAGCAGCAUCAAUCGUGCAGAUUUACCAACCCACGCGGCUUAUGGAGAUGAUAGAACCAGCAUGUUGAAACCUUCAUCCCCUAAAAGUCAAAGCUGGGGUUGCUUUUAAGGACGCCACAAUAAUUAAUUGGUAAUACUGGCCGCCCAUAUAUCCCUGUUCUGCCAGCUACUAAUAGUAAGUAAACGGGAGCUCCUCCACGUUCCACUUGUGGUGGCAGCAUGCGAAACCUUACUCGCAUUUUCCUGCCACCUACUGAGCCAUACGAUUAGAAAAACGGAUGAAUGCCGAUCCGAUCUGGUGUCAUCGUAGAACUAUUGUAGCAUUGCUCCACACAACAAUGCAAUUUUUCUUUCCUAGAGAUCACAUCAGACCUGCUACUAGAGGUCUCGCAAUUAUGAUUUUGAACUGUAGUAUUUUUUUUUCUUUUCUUAUAAAGGGCGCCUUAUUGAUUCGUAACGUCACGUUAGGAAGAUAAUUGCACAUUAAUAUUUUUGUAUUCAAUUGUCUAAUCAGUCUAACAUGUAUGCCAAUUGACCGUCAUUUUUCACGUUUAAGGGUUGAGCCUCAUUAAGUUGAGGAUAUCAUGUUUAGUAGAAAGCACGCCUCUCAUUUCAAUUCGGAUGACGCUGAGCAGCGGCAAGCAAAGUGGAGGGAAGCUAGCAGGCCUGAGGAUAUCUGCUGGCCUGAUGUUUCUGUCGAAGCAGAAAUGGGUAAAAUGUACAGGGCAACUUUCACCGACAAAGAGGGGAGAACUGUCGUUAUUAUGAGACCUGCAAAGCAGAAUACAUCGUCUCAUGAAGGGCAGUUGCGGCAUCUCAUAUAUACCAUGGAGAAUGCAGUUCUUAGCCUGCCUCAGGGUCUAGACAAAAUGGUGUGGUUGGUAGACUACACAGGAUGGACACUGGCCAAUGCAACCCCCAUAAAGACUGCCCGAGACAGUACGAAUAUCCUGCAAAAUCAUUACCCUGAGAGGCUUUCAGUUGCAUUUUUGUUCAACCCCCCCAAAGUAUUUGAGUCUUUUUUUAAGGUUAUCAAAGUGUUCCUCGACUCGAAAUCAAUCCAGAAAGUCAACUUUGUGUACAAGGACAACGAGGAAAGCUUGAAGACAAUGUACAAGCACAUUGAUCCAGAAAUCCUCCCGGCAGAGUUCGGAGGGAAGAACAAUGUGGUGUACAACCAAGAGGAAUACACAAAGUUGAUGACAAAAGAUGACAUGAAAACAGCAAGCUUUUGGGCAGCAGAUUGUUAGCCAUGUAAUGAACGGGACUCGGUUCCUAAGGUUAAACCGCAGUCGUCACAAACUGUUGCUAAAGCAAGCAGAGGAACAUCUGCCAGCCAUCUCACCUGUUGUUGUAAACUAAGUUGAGGAGCAUCACUGAGCCACUAUUACGGUUCUCGGCACAACUCUGAAAGAGGAAUACAUAGAUAAGUUGAGGACGUUCGGAUAAAUAAGUGCAACUAUAAUAUACCCCCUUUAUUUUUAUAAUAACGAGCAUAGUAGGCUGCCUACAUGCAUGGAUAAUGUUUUUUUUUUCUGUUUGAUCCUAAAUAUUCUUGGCCUUUGGGUUAUGCAUUCUAGAUGCAUUUUCCCAAUGUUUUCCUUGUUUAGUGUCUUAUUUAUU